GGAAGCUUCCCUAGGAUUGGAGGAAGAAGGGCAAUCACAUGUUGGUCGACCAAGAUGGUCAAACAACUGAGAUUGACGACUUCCCUGACGAUGGGGAAGACACAGAGCAGUAUGGGGCUGGCGAGACUUUGGACGGGGGAGUCGGUCGUAGCACCCAUCAAAGAAAAGGCUUGGGGGACCGGGAAGCAGAAGGUAGGCCAGUCCAAGGGUCAAGGCGACCAAGGAACACCCGCAUGGGUAAAACUUGGUUUAGACUACGAGGUGGGCACCCGACUACAGAUGACAUCAGGAAAUCACCCUGAGUCAAAUGGCCAGGAGGAACAGAUGAACCGAGUAGUGCAGCACCUGCUACGGCAUUACAUCAAGCCAAGUCAGGAUGACUGGGACGAGAAAUUGGCUCUCGGCGCCAGCCUGUACAGCAGUGUUGUGCAUAGCACUACUUGCAUGACUCCCAACCAACUGCAUCGUGGUUGGAAGCCAAGGUCCGCCUUAAAUGUUCUACUACCCGAGACUCAGCCAUCUGCAGCACCUGGCAGCAUAGAGUUUGCUGUCAAGUAUGAACAGAUGCUGCAACAUGUAGGACACAUUAAGAAAGCGCAAGAUGCUAUGGUGGCUUCUGAGAACAAGCACAGACGGGCAUCUGAACUGGGCCAAGAAUUCGGAAUCUCCCGAAAACUAAUGCCGCAGUAUUUCGUCGGCCUGCUGGAGCCAGUGCGGAAGGCAUGCCGGGAGCUCACUCAGAAUAUUGACUUAAAUCUGUACGCGAAGCCAAGGAAUGAGGACGGAGCUGUGCAAAUGCGGAACAUUCUUGAUGCCGUUCAAAGCAGCUCAAAGCAUGCGACGCCUGUAGUGGGGGUGCUCACAAAGGAGGCAGUGGAAGGUGCAGUAAUGGAGAAGUGGUCGGAGGUUCUGAAGAAAUCCAGUUUCCAAACCACCGAUGUUGCAAGUGGUUUCACUGAGGUCUUCAGUGUAAAAGAUGAGACGGAGGUACCCAGGUUGAACUUGCAGGACAACAAGGUCCUAAACAUUCGCGGACAGCUCGUGGCAGAAGCCAAGUCUAGAAAGGACGACUAUCGACAAUUUCGCGAUCUCGCUCUCCAACGAGAGCAGAUGACUGCUUAAGUGAAAGGUACGUACGCUUCCGUAGUAAAGUAAGAACCGAUUG